GACGCGGCAACACGUUUAUGGAAGGUAGCUCACGUCGUUCCUCUACCACAGUUCCUCGCUCUAUCCAAUUCUCAUCUCAUCUCUGUCCUUUUCUCUUCUCUUCACACGACGCGACCCCUUCUCGGUGUGUGCGCUGACGGGAACCGCCCACCCGAAUCUACCCAAGCUACCCCUACGACGCUCACUCACAUUCCGCGGCUGGGUUACGAUUGGGGAGUGACGCGCAUUUACACAAGGACUCACUGGCUUUUCAAAACAAAAUAUCCUUAAGGAACUGUGCAAAUGGAUUAACUGAUUACUAUUAUUAUUUUAUUAUUUAUCUCUUAUGACACUUAUUUAUUCAUCAUAAUGUCUGCUUUUUGUCAUUUUAAUUAUAUUAUGGAAUUGACAUCAAGAUUAGAUAUAAUUAUAAAUACUAGUGAUAUUGAUACAAGUGAAUAUAAUCAAAGUGCUAAAAAUGAAAGUGUGACUUUUUUGAAAGUUGUUGAAUUUUUUAAAAAUUUCAUGUACAGUAGACGAGAUAAAAUAUCGCAUUUUUAUAAAAAUACAUCAAUUAUUUUAUUAUUAUUUAUUGGAUUUUCAUCAGUAUCUUCAUCUAGUGAUGUGAAAGUUACUGUUGACAUACCCAAAGAAGCGGAAAUUGGCGAAAACAUUGAUAUGAAAUGCAAUUGGGAAAUUUAUGGAGGGAAAAGUCUUUAUACUGUCAAAUGGUACAAGGAUGGUCAUGAGUUUUUUCGGUACAUACCAAAUAAUCAUCAACCAAUACAAACAUUUAGUCAAGCUGGUGUUAAACUUGAUACUGCACGGAGUAAAGAGAACUUAAUUCGUGUCACAAAUCUCACCCUCGACAAUGCAGGCCAAUAUAAGUGUGAAAUAUCAACUGAUGGACCCGCUUUUGCAACAUCUUUCAAGACUGGGAAUCUCUCAGUUAUAUCUUUGCCAAAACGAAAACCAGAAAUCACAGGGUUGUCUUCUCAUUAUGCUGUUGGAGAAAAUAUCACGGGUAACUGUACAGCCUGGCCUUCAGAGCCACCAGCAAAUAUACAUUGGACAAUUAACGGAAAGAAGGUUGCUUCGAAAUACACCAUCAAAUAUCCACUUUCACGUCUCGGAUAUCCAGCAAACAAUUUAACUAUUCUUGGACUACAUCUUGAGGCUGAAGCUCAACAUUUUGUCGGCAGCAAUAGUGGUAAUACGGUAAAAGUAAAUUGUAUAACAAGUGUUGGAUCACACAUUUUAGAAGCAGAGAAAAAUAUAUUAAUAACACACGUUAAUAAUCAGAGAUUGAGUGCUGGUGAUCCACGUAAUACUAUUGAAAGUGUAGCAAAUUUCAUACGAUUAGAUUUCAUAUCACUUGCGAUGAUUGUUUUCACCAUGACGUGAUGAUGAUUACGCCCUUGAUAAUGUUGAUCACGGCUGAUCGUGAUUGAUCGAGAAAAUGUCAAAAUUACAGCCAAUUAUGUCCACUUUAAAUGUCAACUAUUUUAGCUGUUAUUUAUUAGUUAAUGUCAUUUAAAUAAAAACAAUAAUGAAAUGAAAAAACAAAAAUAAUUGAAUAAACGAAAAUUUAAUUGAUAAAUUAGAA